UGGUAUACUCUGGUUAAAAAAAUCAAUGAGAUUAUAAAGAUAUUGUUCUAAUAUAACAUUAAUUAGGGACCAAACUGUCACGUUUAGGAAUAAAGAGACUAAACUAUAACUUUACAUAUCAGGGACCAUAAUGAUUUUUUGUCAUUUUCUACCUCACAAGGGAGCUAGCUUGUCAAUUUAUCCUCUUCUUUGAAUAUUUAUUAAACUCCUUGAAACGUUGACCCAUAUCAUAUAAAUUUAACGAAUUUCAUCAAAGAUCAAUAAUUUUAACAAAUCAUCAUGAUCAAUAUCAAUUUGACAUGCUAACUUAAUCUUAUCCAAUAAUUAACUUUAAAAACAAGCCCAUUUAACCUUUAAUCUUAACAGCUUAUGGGUUAAUCUGGGUUGAUUUUGUCCACCCGUGACUUAUAGACCUUGUUUAAUAAUUAGGGCACGAUUAUUAGCGGAAAACAACAAUGGAUAAACACCACGAGUAUUACAAUCAUUAAUUACCUUUACCUCGCGCACCUGGUUCUUUCCUAAAUCCCACCAUUCUAUAUCGAGACACGCGUCAAACACCCAGCGAACCCAUUUUACACACUCACUCGCUCUCUCUCGACUCUUCCCUCUCCUCCUCUCUCUCUCUCAACCGGCCACAUAAAAGAAAUACAUAAACAAAGGCAAACCCUAAAGAUAGAGAAAAUUUUGAUUUUCAGGUUUCUUUUUGGAUAGAAGUGUAGAAAGCUUUCAAAAUCCCAUCUUUAAAUGGCAGAGAUACACCCACCUGAGACCCAUCUAAACAGCGGCGGCUUUGGCGGUGGAGGAAGCAGCGGAGGAGGGGGGGCAUUAACUUCAACUGAAACUGUGGGGUCAAAGAGGCAGCGGAGGCCAAGUGUCCGAUUAGGCGAGAUAGGCGGUGGAGACCAACUUUAUGAAUCCCAACACCACCGUAGAACUGCCAGCAAUAGUUGGAAACAACAGCAGCAGCAGAUUUUGGGUUUUAAAGAGGCAAGUAAAUCAUCAAAGACUCGAGCUUUAACGAAUUUAAGUGAGUUUAAUGAAACUCCUGACGGGGAUAAUGAUAUUAAUUUGGAUAGUGUUGCAAUUGGGAGUUGGAGAGUUAAGCAUUCAUCGAAAAAGAGAGGGUCUUUGAAUGUUAGUGCCAAGCGAGUUAGGUCUAAUUGGGUGUCUAAAUUUGAUGAUAGUGGUGGUGGAGUUGGUAAUGGUGGUGAAGGGGAGGAGAAAUAUAGCGAUGGUGAAGAUAUGGGUGAGGAGGAGGAAGAGAUUUAUAGAGAAUUUGAUGUUGAGAAUUCAGAAAGUUUGUUGAAAGAACAAAGCCCAAUUCAUGAUUCACUUGAGAAUUUGGGAGAUGGGAAUGAGAGGGAAGUGUACUACAAUAGGAGAGUGGUUAGGGGGAGGAAUUAUCGUAAUGUUAAUCAAGAUUAUCUUCCUGAGGGGGUUGAAUUAUCAAGCCCGUCGGAUAAUGAUACGAGAGAUUAUAGGAAUAAUGGGAGGUGUGGCGAUGGCAGUGGCAGUGGCGGGGAGGAUGGAGUGAGGAUUUGGCUGAAUAGUUUAGGGUUAGGGAAAUAUGCGCCUGUUUUUGAGAUUCAUGAGGUGGAUGAUGAGGUUUUGCCAAUGUUGACAUUGGAGGAUUUGAAGGAUAUGGGAAUCAAUGCUGUUGGGUCUAGAAGGAAGAUGUUUUGUGCUAUUCAGAAGCUAGGAAAGGGGUUUUCUUGAUGUUUUUGGGUGAACUUGCAGUUCUGGUUGUUUUCUAAUGGAGAAUUUGUUUCAGCCAUGGUUAAUUAGAAGAAAUAUUAAGUCAAUUCCAAAGAUUUGGAGAAGACUUGUUAGGUAACUCAUGUUAUGGCAUUCUUGAUCAUGAGCCGUUGUAGAGAUCUCAAACUGACAGAAAAGUGGAGAAGGUCAUACCUUUGGAGCAUGCUUCUCAGCAAAUGAAGUAUUGGUCAAAUUUGUUUUAGCCAGUUGGUAUAACUUUGAUCAUAUGUUAAUGUUUGUGGACCAAAUUUUGUGAAAGAAGCCAUGUCGAACUCGCCAACAUUAAACUUCUGUGGGGGUCUGCUGGCUUUGAGGUUCCAUUGGCAGAGCUGCAAAUGUGAUAUUCAUUUGACUAGUUUAGAGGCUUGAAGAUCUCCUCGCAAAGGUCCUAUAAUGUAGACAUACCAGAUAAAGUGCUUCUUGAAACUUGAAUGUCGGUCUGCAGAGUACAAUUCCUAGCUUAUUUAUGAGGUCAAGAUUCAGGAUUAGACGUCGUCUCUAGAAGGGUGCAUAGUUCUUUUUUAUCCGUACUAUAAAUGUCCGCUACAGUGACAACUAUCUCUUUACAAGCCCUAGCAAUUUGCUGUAUUAGAAGUUAAAAGUUGCUCCAUUGUUCAA